AUGUUGUCGGCAAUAUCGUGGGUCCCGCGCGGCGCGGCGAAACCGUUCCCCAAAACAGCGGAGCUCGACGAGGAAGAGGUCGCGGAGGUGCGCCGCCGCGCAGAGGGCGUCGCGGCCGCCGCCGCCGCCGUAGCUGGCGGCGACGCCGACGCUGAGGACGGCGAGGAGAGGGACGCAGAGAAUGACGAAGACGCUGCGAUGGAAGAGGAGGAAGAGGAGGAGGGGAGUGAGGAGGACGGGGAGGCAGACGGAGAAGAGGCAGCGGCGGCGGCGGCGGCGUUGGCGGCGGAGAUUCGGAAGGCGAAGAAGGGCCAAUCGGCGGAUGACAGGCUGGCAGACGAGCUUGCUGAGCUGGACAUGGACCACUAUGACGACGAGGCCGACGCGGCGCCGAACCUAUUCGGCACGGGGAAGGGCGUCGGCGCGGCGUAUUACCGAACCAACGACGAGGAUCCGUACCUGACCAAAGCGGAAGGUGCGGAGGAUGAGGACGACGAGGACGAGAUCGAAGAUCUCACCAUACGCGAUACAGACUUGCUCAUUCUCGCGGCGCGGAACGAGGAUGACGUCAGCUUCAUCGAGGUGUGGGUGUGCGAGGAGCAGCAGAAGCGGGAGGAAGGGGGGGACGAGGAUGACGUGGCACAAAACGACAAGGAGCUCAACAUGUAUGUGCACCACGAUAUCAUGCUCCCCGCCUUCCCGCUCGCUCUCGCCUGGAUGGAUUUCAAUCCCGCCUCCGCCGCCGCCGCCAGCGCUUCCGCCGGCUCCUCCGCCGGCGCCACCGCCGCCGCGAUCGCCGCCGCGGGCGCCGGCGCGAGCGUCCUGGCGCCAGGAAACUUUGUGGCAGUUGCGACGAUGGACCCUGCUAUCGAAAUUUGGGACUUAGACGUUUUAGACGAGGUCGAACCCGCCGCGUCUUUAGGAGGCUUUGUUACUACAACGAGCGGUGCGGGCGGUGAUGGGGAAGAGGACGACGAGGAGGAGGAGUGGGAGGAGGUGGAGGAGGAGGAGGAGACGGAAAUGGGCGGCGGGGGUUCAGGGUCUAAGAAGGGUUCUAAGGGCAAGAAAGGGAAGAAGGACAAGGGAGGGAAGAAAGGAAAGAAGGGCCGAGAAAGGGAACCAGAAAAGCGCGGAAGCAGCAGCAACAAGGGGAAAAAUCCUAAAAAAUCAUCAGCAGCAGCAGGGGCAGUGGCGGCGGUGCUAAAGGAGGGGAGUCAUAAGGGCGCGGUGAUGGCUCUGUCGUGGAACCGCGAGUACCGGAGCGUGCUGGCGAGUGGAGGCGAGGACCGGCGGGUGAAGGUGUGGGACAUGGCGGCGCAGCGCUGCGACCGCACGCUCAAGCCGCACACCGGCAAGGUGCAGGCCGUGGCGUGGGCGCCUCUGCAUGCUACCAGCCUGCUCUCCGGGUCGUUUGACCGCUCCCUUGCUCUGGUGUGCGACCGAACGCUCAAGCCGCACACCGGCAAGGUGCAGGCGGUGGCGUUGGCACCGCUGCACGCCACCAGUCUGCUGUCGGGCUCCUUUGACCGCUCCCUUGCUCUGACGGACGUCCGGUUACGGACGUCCGGUCGCCCGAUGCUACAGUGCUGCGGUGGGGCGUCUCUGCUGACUUACUUCUCCCCCCCUUUCCCCCACUCUCCACCCCCCGGCCUCCCCCUCCCCACUUCCCCCCCCCCCACCUCUCCCUCUCCGACGGACGUCCGGUUGCCCAAUGCUACGGUGCUGCGGUGGGGCGUCUCUGCUGACCUACUCCCCCCACUCUCCCCCCGCCCCCCCGCCCUGCCACCCUCUUUCCCCCGCAGACGGACGUCCGAUCACCCGAUGCUACAGUGCUGCGGUGGGGCGUCUCUGCAAACUUACCUUCCCCCCACGUCCCCUCACUGUCCAACCCCACUCCCCUUUCCCCCCCUUUCUCCCUCCCUUCUAUCCCAGACGGACGUCCGGUCACCCGAUGCUACAGUGUUGCGGUGGGGCGUCUCUGCUGACGUGGAGGCCCUCGCAUGGGACCCACACGACAGCACCCGCUUCGUCGUCUCUUCUGAGGACGGGCUCAUCUGCUGCCACGACACGCGGGCGGGCAGCAGCAACGCCUCAGCCGCCGCCUCAACCGCCAGCUCAGCGUCGCCGGUUUCGUCUUUUCCGAACGCUGUCUUCACGAUCCAUGCGCACACCAAGGCGGCAUGCACAGUGUCUUGGAACCCUAAAGCCCCGAACCUACUCGCGUCUGGUUCGACUGACAAGACUGUGAAGCUGUGGGACCUUACAGGGAACCAGGCUCGGUGUUUGGAGUCGUCAAACCCUAAGCUGGGAGCAGUUUUCUCAGUGGCGUUUUGCGCGGAUGCGCCUGGUUUCCUGGCGAUGGGAGGGUCGAAAGGGAAGCUCAAGGUGUGGGACACCAGAAGGGUUGCUGAUGUGGGACAGAGGUUCGGUAGAGUGGUGUAA